GGCACCAUUCCCCCUUUACCCUCUCUCUCCGUCUUUCUCUCUCUCUCUCUCUCUCUCUCUCUCUCGCUCUACCCCUUUUGUGAAAAUGGAGAAGUUUGGUGCGGUGGGUUCUGUUGCCAAGAACACGGGGGCCGAGCGAGCCGAGGCAGCCGCGGUCAGCUCUAAACUGUUCCAGUGUGCAAGUCUGAGGCGUCUGCUCCCACUGGCCUACAGAGAGGAACUCUACCACGUCCUGCGACUCACAGGCCCGCUGCUGGUGUCUCGGAUUCUCAACUUCCUCCUGCCAUUCGUUAUUACCAUUUUCUGCGGUCACAUAGGCAAUGCAGAACUGGCUGGAUAUGCACUUGUCUCUGCGACCAUCAAUGUGACCACAGUACCCGUAGGCUACGGCCUCUCGUUGGCUUGUGACACACUCAUUUCUCAGACCUUUGGCAGUAAGAACAUGAGGCGCGUGGGAAUAAUUCUACAAAAGAGUUCGUUGAUCCUGCUGCUGUUUUGUUUGCCCUGCUGGGCCCUCCUCAUCAACGCUCACAACCUGCUACUCAUCCUGCAACAAGAGGAGGAGGUGGCCAGAAUUGCCCAGCUCUAUAUGUGGGCAUUAUUGCCAGCUGUUCCAGCUAUGUUCCUGCACCAGUUACAGGUUGCCUACCUCCAAAAUCAGGGGAUUAUUCUGCCUCAGAUGUACACAGCGGCGGCAGCCAACCUCAUCAACCUGGCUGUCAACUACGUCUUAAUCUUCAGCCUGCAACUGGGAGUGAUUGGAUCAGCCAUCGCUAACAGCUUCUCUCAGAUCACCAUCUGUCUGCUUUUGUUUGGUUACAUCCGGUGGAAAAAACUCCACCAACAGACGUGGGGAGGCUGGUCCAGUGAAUGUCUUCAGGAUUGGGGUCCAUAUAUGCAGCUUGCGGUUCCCAGUACGCUCAUGGUCUGCUUCGAGUGGUGGAUCUGGGAGAUUGGAGGCUUCCUGGCGGGUGUACUGGGUGAGAGUGAUCUUGCAGCCCAGCAUGUGUUGUCGGAGAUUGGAACGAUUACAUAUAUGUUCCCUCUAGGUGUCCACGCAGCUGCCUGUGUGCGUAUUGGGAAUGCACUGGGUGCAGGGAACACGGCCAGGGCCAUAGUCACGUGCAAAGUGACCCUGUUUCUGUCAGGCCUGCUUGCAGUGUUCCAGGGCAUUGUGCUUGCUGGCUCCAAGACUGUGAUAGGUUACAUAUUUACUUCUGAUGACCACAUCGUGGACCUGGUCUCCCAGAACCUCAGCCUGUACACGUUCAUCCAGUUCUUCGACGGUCUGCUGUGUGUUUGCACAGGAAUCCUUGUAGGAAGUGGAAUGCAGAAAAUCGCAGCCUUGUCCAACUUGGUGUCGUACUACUGCAUUGGUCUGCCGCUGGGAAUCGCCCUCAUGUUUGCUGCAGACUUAAAGAUAUUUGGCUUGUGGCUCGGCCUCUUCAUAUGUGUUGUCCUUCAGGCGGCUUUCUGUAUAACGCUCAUCUUCAAACUAGACUGGCAGAAAAUUACACGGCAGGCCCAGAUGCGAGCUGGCAGGAAAGUGUUGGUGACGUCGAAGCGUCCCGUCAGUCAAAUGGUGGUCGAGGCCGUCGUGCCCGACAUCCCAGACAUGGUCCAGUUGGAGGGUGAUGAGGCCACCAAACCGGCCGUUUACUGCCUCGUCAGCAGCGGGGACCAGGAGCUGAAACCAGGGCCGGAGGCCGAUGGAGGCGGUCUAGUGGCCGGGGGGGCCGAGCGAGGAAGCGACAAUCCAGGCAGCAAAGAUAAACCUCUGCUUUCUGUCACUCAGCUCGUCUUGCGUCGGGGCCUCUCCAUUCUGGCUGCCGUCGGCGUCCUGGUCGUCGGCGUGUCCAUCAAUAUCAUCUUCCCCCCGCCAGAGCCGUCCGCACAGAUCAGGACCAACCUGACUCUGGACUGGAUUAACUCCACCGUUUCCCCCACCGCUUCAUUAGACAUGAGCACCAUGUUAUAAUCAGUAGUUUCACGAGCACAACCACAC